AUGGGCACUUUGCAACAGGGCCCCAGGGUGCAGCGCUCAGUGGCGGAGGAGCAGGAGGACUCCAGACAAAGGAGCAGUUUUGUGAACAUGAUCGACAACCUGAGGGGGAAAUCCGGCCAGGGCUACUACGUGGAGAUGACUCUCGGGAGCCCCCCGCAAAAGGGCCCCAGGGUGCAGCGCUCAGUGGCGGAGGAGCAGGAGGACUCCAGACAAAGGAGCAGUUUUGUGAACAUGAUCGACAACCUGAGGGGGAAAUCCGGCCAGGGCUACUACGUGGAGAUGACUCUCGGGAGCCCCCCGCAAAAGGCUGGCUAUUUUGGGCAUCCGGAUGCUGGGGAGACAGUUUUGGGUGCUGUGACAUGUGCCAUCAGCAACGCAAGGCUUGCUUGUCUCUCUGGUGUUUGUUGCAGGUCCAGCACCUACCGGGACCUGCGGAAAGGGGUUUACGUGCCGUACACGCAGGGCAAGUGGGAAGGGGAGCUGGGGACGGACCUGGUCACCAUCCCGCACGGCCCCAACGUCACCGUCCGCGCCAACAUCGCUGCCAUCACCGAGUCCGACAAAUUCUUCAUCAACGGCUCCAACUGGGAAGGGAUCCUGGGGCUGGCCUACGCCGAGAUCGCCCGGCCCGACGACACCCUGGAGCCUUUCUUCAACUCCCUGGUGAAGCAGACCCGGGUGCCCAACAUCUUCUCCCUGCAGCUCUGUGGGGCGGGCUUCUCGCCCAACGAGUCCGAGGCCCUGGCGUCCGUCGGGGGCAGCAUGGUGAGUGCCGGGGCUGGGCUCGACGGACGGGAUCCCCGGCGUGGGGCCGUGCCAGGGGCCCUGUCCUUCCAGCAAUACCUGCGCCCCGUGGAGGACGUGGCCACCUCCCAGGACGACUGCUACAAGUUCGCCAUCUCCCAGUCCUCCACAGGCACCGUCAUGGGGGCCGUCAUCAUGGAGGGCUUCCACGUGGUCUUCGACCGCGCCCGCAAGCGGAUCGGCUUUGCCGUCAGCACCUGCCACGGUGAGCGGGGGGGGCUCAGGGGGAGAGCCGGGCGCUGCCCGGACAUUCGCCCCCCCGUCACCAUCCUACCCCAGCUGGGCCCACGGGGCGGGCAAGCACAGCGGGGGCUGGUGCUCACAGGCAGCCUUCGGGUGGCGUGA